AAGCGUUGUUAUUCAAUUACUUACUUUUUUCUUACCAUAUUCCAACUGGCACUAAACCACUGAUACUAUUCGCAGGCUUUUUGGAUAUGCAUACUCUACGGACCAAAUGUGUACUUCAUCUAUCUGGGUCGAAUCCUGGCCGGGAGCGGAGGAGGCGGAAUCCUACGAGCAAUCCCCCUGUACAUCGCCGAUAUCGCUCACUGCAAACUGCGAGGAAUGCUCGGAUCAGUAUUGGUCAUUUCACUCAACGUCGGAAUUCUGUUGGGAUUUGUGCUGGGAAACUCAUUGUCGUACUUUACCGUGCCCAUCGUGAUGCUCGUGGCGCCAAUCCUGUUUGUUGUUAGCACCUGCUUUCUUCCGGAAACGCCCUACUGUUUGUUGAAACAAAACCGAAUCGAAAAAGCCGAACUAUCUUUGAUGUUUUACCGGGGAGUUGAUGGCCAUUUCCAGAAGACCGAUGACUUUAGGAAAGAAUUUGAGCAGCUGAAAAAACUGUCGUUAGUGGCGAAAGACCCUUUCGAGCAUAAGCUGAACUGGCGAGAUUUCUUUAACAUCAUCUCGCUAGCGCAGGGAACGGCCAUCGGAUGGUUGUCGCCGUUUCUGCCGCUACUUGUUUCCGCUAACGCUCCCCUGGAGGCCGGCCCUGUGACGGAUAUUCAAGCUACGUGGAUCGCUUCGCUGCUCUGCGUAGGUGCCAUCUUUGGGACGGUUAUUUUCGGAUGGUCAGCGGACAAAUUCGGGCGGAAAUUUUCCUUGUGCAUGGCAGCCAUUCCACUGCUCGGAUUCUGGGCAUGCGUUGCUUUCGGUGGAUACGUGGAACUAUUGUACCUUGGACGGGUGCUAGCUGGUUUGGGCGCUGCCGGAGUAUUCCUACUUGUACCGCUAUACAUUACUGAAAUUGCGGAAGAUAGGUAAGUUAGAAAUGUGUUAACUUUGCA